AUGUGUUUGGGUGGGAAGGCGGAAAAAAGCUGUCUCUUGUGGCAGCUGGGUCAGCAGCUGGCAUUGCAUCUGGUGAUUUCCUUUUUAGGUUUUAAUGCUGCUGUUGCUGGGUGUUUUUUUGCGGUGGAGUCUGUUUUGUGGCCUUCAUCUGGCGAUUCUUCAUCCCUUUCCAACUCAACACCUAUGGUGAUCCUCAGUGCAGUGAUAGCGUCUGUUGUUUCAGAGAUUGGUCUUGGUUCUGAUCCUGCUUUCACUGUUCCAGAAUAUGAUUUUCGCUCCCCAACAGAACUUCCUCUAUAUCUCUUGCUGGGCGUGUUCUGUGGAGCGGUGUCAAUCACCCUAUCUAGGUGUACAGCAGUAACUAUGGACAUGGUUGAACGCUUACAAAAGACAACAGGAUUGCCGAUGGCUGUAUCCCCUGCCUUAGGUGGCCUUAUUGUUGGUCUUCUCGCUCUUGUAUACCCUGAAGUUCUGUAUUGGGGCUUUGAGAAUGUUGAUAUUUUACUGGAAUCGCGGCCAUUUACAAGUGGUCUCUCAGCAGCAGUGUUGGUUCAGCUCAUUGGAGUAAAAAUAUUGGCGACGUCUUUGUGCAGGGCUUUUGGAUUGGUUGGAGGUUAUUAUGCACCAUCCCUUUUUAUUGGUGCAGCUACAGGCAUGGCAUAUGGCAAGUUCAUGAGGUUUACAUUUACUGGCUCUGAAGCACCGUUUCAUGUCCCCUUCCUAGACGUAGCGUCACCUCAAGCAUAUGGUCUGGUUGGUAUGGCAGCUACACUUGCCGGUGUAUGCAAGGUGCCUCUGACAUCUGUCCUCCUACUGUUUGAACUAACGCAGGACUAUCGUAUAGUUCUGCCUUUGCUUGGUGCUGUUGGACUAUCAUCUUGGAUUGCUUCUUCUCAAAGGUUCUCUACCAGCGGUAAGGGUAAGCUGGAUUCAUUGGAGGAGAAAACAAGCACCAUUGAAGAGGCGAAAAAUGUGCCCACUCAAACCCAACAACUCACUUCUGUGGAUAGUGUUGAUGCUACUGCAGAAUUAUGUAAACUAGAAAGCUCGCUUUGUGUCUAUGAUGUCAAAGAUGAUAACGUGCUGGAAAAUCUUACUGUUGCAGAGAGUAUGAAAAUUAGAUAUAUUUCUGUCUCAUUGAAAACUCCAGUAGUUGAGGCACUAAAUCUUAUGCUUGUGGAGAAGCAACCAUUUGUUAUGAUAACUGAGAGCAAUAAGUCUUUAUUAGGCUUGCUAACAGUCAAAGAUUUCCAGGAUUUCUGCAAAACUGUAAAAAGUACCAGGAUGCAACCUGAGGUAGAUGAAUGUCUGGUAUCUCAUGUUUGUGGAGUCGUUAGAUGUAAAAUAUGGUCUGUGACACCUCAUAUGCCACUUACUACUGCUGAAAAGAUUAUGGAUUCUCAUGGAAUGGACCAGGUUCCUGUAGUUUCAGAACAUGUUAAUCAUCAGGAUGGAGGAAUCUUGAUUGGUUUUGUAGAUAGAGAAUGCAUCACCAUUGCUCGAAGAGCUUUGGCAGCAAAAGAAUUUUUCAGUUUCACAUCGGAGAUCAGAAGGGAAGAGAGUUGA